AUGCUGCAGGCACAAAUCGGCCACACCGUGGAAGCCUACAUCGACGACCUCAUUGUCAAGAGCAAGAAAGAAUCCAACCACCUCCAGGAUUUGGCUGAAGUCUUUGAAAUCCUUAAACUACACAAGCUCCACUUAAAUCCUGAAAAGUGUGCAUUUGGCGUAAGCGCAGGGAAAUUCCUUGGAUACUUGGUCACUCAACGUGUCUCUGCCCAUGCAGUUAGUUUAGCACUGGUACGACGAGUUCGCACAGAAGACAUGCCCGUCUACUUCACAAGCAAAACACUCCUUCGAGCGGAAACACGCUAUCUACCACUCGAGAAAUUGGCAUUCGCUCUCGUCUCGGCAGCCAAGAAACUCUUGCCUUACUUCCAAUCCCACACCAUCACCGUUUUAACUGAGCACCCUCUAAAAAGCCUCUUUCGAAAAGCUAAUCUAUCCAACCGGGUAUCCAAAUGGGCAGUCGAAUUAGCAAAUUUUGACAUCCGUUUUGAGCCACGAAGGAUGAUCAAGGGUCAAAAUCUCAUCGACUUCAUCGCAGAAUUAACACCCGAAGAUACGGAUAUUCUCAACACUCCCACUCCUCAACCUAUCACAGAAUCAACAAAAGCACCAAUGCCUUGGCAACUCUUUCAAGGUAACAUCUGGCGACUACAUGUCGACGAGGCUUCCAACAGCAACGGAGCCGGUGCAGGCAUUGUCUUAGCUUCCCCUUGUGGCACACUUCAUGAAAGUUCAUUAAGCAUCGACUUUCCCGCCACCAAUAAUGAAGCUGAAUACGAAGCCCUCCUUACAGGCUUACGCUCCGCAGUUGCGAUGAAAGUCUUCGAUCUUGUCGUUUACUGUGACUCCCAACUCAUAGUCAACCAAGUACUUGGGAACUACGAGGCUCAGGACCUGCGGAUGUCGAAAUACCAGGCAAUAGUCGCCGAACUCAUCACGCACUUCCAAAAUUUCAAAAUCAAACAGAUCAACCGCGAACACAAUGCGCUUGCAGAUGCACUCGCUGGCCUUGCCUCAGCUUCUAAAGCCUCCGAAUUUAGGACUAUCAACUUCGGCAGUAUCGACCACCCAAGCUUUGACACCAUUCCAGAGGUCCUCAACGUCGAACUCGGUCCAAGCUGGAUGGACGAGAUCAUUGCGUUUCUCAAGCAUGACACUUUACCAGUAGACAAGAAGGAAGCUUACCGCAUCAGGAACAAAGCUGCUUACUACUGGCUCUCCGAAAGUGGCCAACUCUACAGGAAAUCUUUCUCGGGCCCUUAUCUCUUCGUUGUCCACCCAACCCAGGUACCUGAAAUUCUCACCGAGCUUCACUCAGAUUACUUCUCAAAAUGGGUAAAGGUUGAACCUCUAGCAACAAUCACCGAAGCCGACGUAAGAAGAUUCGUCUGGAGAAACAUCGUCACUAGAUUCAACAUCCCCUACUCCAUUGUCUCAGACAACGGAAGCCAAUUCAUCGGCAAAGACUUAACCAGUCUCUAUGCCGAAUUUGGUAUACGCUUCUUCAACUUUACUCCAGUUUACCCCCAAGGAAAUGGCCAAGCUGAGGCCACAAUCAAGAUCGGCUGUGCCAGGAUCAAGCGUCGGCUAAACUCUAAGAGAGGAAAAUGGGCUGAGGAACUGCCACGUGUUCUUUGGGUUUACCGUUCUACCCCGACGUGCUCAACAGGCCAAAUGCCCUUCUCAAUGGCAUUCGGCAUGGAGGUCGUAAUCCCACUAGAGUCUAGGUUCCCCACUCUAAAAACAGAGAACUUCGAUCCAAAGACUAAUGGCGAAGAUGUGGAACAGAAACUGAUCUUGGCAGAAGAGAAGCGCGACGACGCUCAGUUAAAGCUCGUCGAGUACCAACAGCAAGUGACAAGAGGCUACAACCGAAGUGUUCAAACCAAGACCUUCAAGCCAGACGACUUAGUUUGGCGAAAGGUGGUGCAAGCCAGCAAGAAGCAGAAAUGCAAGCCCAACUGGGAGGGUCCCUUUCGUGUUGUCAAAAUUAUUGGUGAAUGUGCUUACGUACUAUAUGACAUGAAUGGAAAAAUCCUCACCAACCCAUGGAAUGCACAGAACUUGAAAAAGGCAUACAUGUGA